CAAUCUCAAUCAUCAGUAAACUAUCUUGACAAACAAAUUGCGAUCAUCAUUAGUUUAAUCGUAAACCCACCCAGGGUUUCUCUUUCUCUAUCCGCUGCUCUGCCUCAUAUCAAUUUCUAUAUAUAUUUUCUCGCCAACCAAACACGAUAUCGAUUCUCCGUACCCAGUUCACUGUACAGAUCUUACCGCAUUCUUUAGCCCAUCAUCCACGCUAAUCCUUGGAAUUUAAGGGUUUUCCGUAUUGAGUCUAUUUGUUGCUCUUGAUUUUUUUGCUUAUUAGUUUGGUUUUGAUUAUUGUUAGUAGAAGCAGAUAUUGUAGAUAUGGAUCGAUUUGAAGGUGAGGGUAGUAGUAUUCAAGAGAGUCCCAAUCCUCACGAUGUCGAGCAAUUCGGUGCUAGUUCAAAAGAAGAUACAUUGUUUGAUGCAUCACAAUAUGCAUUUUUCGGUAACCAAGUUGGUGAAGAAGUUGAGUUGGGGGGACUAGAAGACGAGGAAGAUGAUUUUCCUCCAGUUGGGUACGAUGAGGAAGAGUUUCUGUUGGAUCGAGAAGAGGGUGAAGUUUUAGGUUCUCCAUCUGAAACUGAUGAUCUUGCUAGCACGUUUUCAAAGCUAAACAAGGUUGUUAGUGGACCAAGAAGUGCAGGAGUCAUUGGUGAUAAGGGAUCCAGAGAAAGUUCAUCUGCUGCUGAAUGGGCACAAGAGGCAGAUCUUCCCAACUGGUUAGAUCAACAAAUAUUUGAGGCAGAUAUCACUCAGGAAGAUAAAAGAUGGUCAUCACAGCCACAUUCUUCUUCUGCUCGUAUUCCGGAAUCAAAACCUUUGUACAGAGCGGCUUCAUACCCCAUGCAGCAACACCAGCACCAACACCAACAUUUUUCCAGCGAACCAAUUCUUGUACCAAAAUCUUCAUUUACUUCAUAUCCUCUUCCCAGUGGUGGAUCUCUGCAAGCCUCAUCAACCUACCGUUCACACCAUUCUAACAUGCCAUAUCAUCCUAGUGGCCACCAGAGGCCAUUGUCUACAUCCAAUCUCUCCCCCUUCUCUAACCCUCAGUUCCAGUUGCCAGAUGGGUCACAAUUUGGUGACAAUAUGCCUCAGUAUUCUCCUCGUCUUUCUGCUAAUGGCCGACCACAGAACCAAUGGGUCAACCCAACAAACGUAUUUCCUGGAGAUCGUUCCAGUCUCGUGAGUAAUUUGUUGCAACAGCAAUUGCCUCAUCAAAAUGGUUUAAUGUCCCAGCAGUUAAUGCCACAACGGCAAUCACAACAACAUAGACUGCAUCAUCAUCCAUUUCAGCCAUCAUACGGUCAAAUGUCAGCACUGCAGUCCCAACUAUUUAAUCCCCAUCUUUCUCCAUCUCCACCAAUAAUGAACAAGCUCGAAGCAGUUCUCGGGUUCUCUGAUUUGAGAGAUCAAAGACCUAAAUCAAUUCCAAAAGGUAGACAGAGCUUGCGUUAUUCUCAACAGGGCUUUGAUAGUGGGUGGCCACAAUUCAGAUCGAAGUAUAUGUCAUCUGAUGAAAUUGAGAAUAUUCUCAGAAUGCAGCUUGCGGCAACACAUAGUAACGAUCCAUAUGUAGAUGAUUAUUACCACCAAGCUUGUCUAUCAAAAAAAUCUACUGCUACAAAGUUGAGACAUCACUUCUGCCCUACUCACCUGAGGGAUCUUUCUUCCCGAGCUCGUGCUAAUACCGAACCACAUGCUUAUCUCCAGGUCGAUGCUCUAGGGAGGGUUGCAUUUCCUUCUAUUCGUAGGCCACGACCACUUCUCGAGGUCGACCCUCCAAAUUCAUCCAAUGCUGGCACCACUGAACAAAAAGCAUCUGAGAAACCAUUGGAACAGGAGCCUAUGCUUGCAGCUAGAGUAACUAUUGAGGAUGGCCUUUGUCUUCUUCUUGAUGUGGAUGAUAUUGACCGAUUUCUGCAAUUCAAUCAGUUCCAAGAUGGUGGAAAUCAGCUGAAAAGGAGGAGGCAGGUCCUGCUAGAAGGGCUGGCGGCUUCGCUUCACCUGGUUGACCCACUUGGCAAAAAUGGCCACACUGUUGAUUUAGCUCCCGAGGAUGACCUUGUAUUCUUGCGGUUAGUCUCUCUUCCCAAGGGCCGGAAGUUACUCUCAAGGUACCUUCAACUGCUCAAUCCCAGUGGUGAGCUAAUCCGAGUAGUCUGCAUGGCCAUUUCCCGUCAUUUGAGGUUCUUAUUUGGCGGCCUCCCGACCGAUCCAGGAGCAUCUGAAGCAACCAUCAAUCUUUCAAGGAUUGUUUCAUCUUGUGUUUGUGGCAUGGAUCUUAAAGCACUAGGUUCUUGUCUUGCAUCUGUGGUUUGUUCCUCGGAGCAUCCUCCACUCCGCCCCAUUGGAAGCUCUGCUGGAGAUGGGGCUUCUGUUAUCCUUAAAUCCAUUCUUGAUAGGGCAACUGAACUCCUAACCGAUCCUCAUGCUGCUGGGAACUGUAGCGUGCCUAAUCGGGCCUUUUGGCAAGCCUCUUUUGAUGCAUUUUUUGGCCUUUUGACCAAGUAUUGUUUUACUAAGUACGAUACUAUUAUGCAGUCGUUACUCAUGCAGGCCUCCCCUGACAUGGCUGUUAUUGGGGCAGAUGCAGCAAGAGCUAUCAGUAAGGAGAUGCCGGUUGAGCUCUUACGUGCAAGUCUUCCUCAUACCGAUGAGCACCAGAGGAAGCUCCUAUUGGAUUUUGCACAACGCUCCAUGCCUGUGUUGGGCUUUAACGGUCAUGGGGGAGGGAAUGGUGGCACAUGAGUUUUGAGUGAUGCUUUGUCGGUUCAAGCCACGGAGAAACUGAUUCAUGAAGAAUUUGGAUAGGACAUGUGAUGGCUGGUGAUAUUGUGGAGUACCGAUCCACACCUGUUUUCAUUGGAAUAAGUUUGUGCACGACAAGGAAUUAAAGUACGAGGAAUGACACUACAAACAAUAGCAGUCGGGUUUAGUUUUUUUACAUUUACGCGUUUAGUUGGUGUUACAGUCAUGCCUGCUGCUUUGGAAGAUUUUGAAAGUAUUCUAUGUAUUGUGAUGCCUGUUUCUUUAUAUCCUUUGAGCUUGUUUUAAUUGCUCUGUUGUGGAAUUCAACAUUAGUGGUGAGGAAGUAGGGGUUAGAAUGUACAGGAUCCAUUUGGAGGGUUUCCUUGUUAGUGUUUGGGAGGUAGGAAAAAAAAAGAAGAAAAAAACAUAUUUUGUUUUUCCAUCUGUUGGAUAGGUUAUGUUAUAUUGUUGUUCUGGUGGUGGAAUAGAGUCUGGAUUGUGCAAAAUGUUCAUAAUUAGUAGUUUUGUUUUGUCAAAUUUGGUUGAUCACUACCACAAAAUGAUGUUAUUAGUGUUAUAAUUGUUUUUGUUGUCC